AUGAAGCAGUUUUUUUCUGUCAAGAGAUGGCCAUCCGAGCUUGCCAUUGAAGAAGUAGACAUGAUGAAUCUUCCCUUCUGGGUCCAAAUUAGAGGUAUACCUCUUAACCUCUGUAUGGAAGACAAUGUUGAGAAACUGGGGAACAAAAUUGGAGAAGUGCUGCAAUACGACAGUCCCAACCAAGCCCGCGGCUAUCUCCGGCUCUCUCAAGCUGACGAGAACGAGACGUGGGCUGAAUUCCAAUAUGAAAGGUUGUCUGACUUGUGUUACAAAUGUGGGAGAAUAGGCCAUCUUAACACUGACUGUAGCUAUGAAGCUACUUCGGAUGGGACGGCAGGCUAUGGCACGUGGACAAAGGCAAAGAUUAUUCGUGAGUUGGAAAACCAGCCCAAACCCACAGCUCUUUCAACUGGAGAGCGUUGA